AUGGGGUCAGAUUCUGAGGGUGGAAGCGGCAAAUCUGAGAAUUUUGAAAAUGGGCAAAAUGGAUUUGCACAGGAUGAGUAUGAAGAGUUCGAUCAACCAUCUGACGGUCUCAUUCCAAAGGGUUAUAUAAAACGGGCAAAAGAUGGAAACUCACUACAGGAUGAUAAAGUUGUGAUAAAAUUACGCGCUUGCAUUUCCUGUCGCCUAAUACUUUCGGAGGAACAGUUUUAUGAAAAUGGAUGCGGUAACUGCUCGCAUUUGCAAAUGGAUGGAGAUCGCAGGAGGAUGUUGGAUUGUACCAGCGCUAAUUUUUCAGGCCUCAUCUCUGUGAUGAAUCCCAAGAGAUCCUGGGCGGCAAAAUAUAACAACUUAUCCAAUCUAAUUCCGGGUUGUUAUGCGAUAACAGUGGCGGGUCAGCUGCCGGAUUCUGGUCAGUUGUAA